GUGGGGCAGGGAUAAGCGGGAAGACUUCACAUCUCUAUGGUGACGUUAGGAUUCUACUGUUUCCGGUCCCUGACUGAGAACUUGGGUUUUGGAGCCGCCCCUGGAAGUGUGACAGACUGAAGUACCGGGAGGGGGAGUUUUCCUUUUGUCGCUUGUGUGUUUAGGUUCAUCAGCCGCUGUGCCCUGCGGAGGGUUUUAUCGCUAUGGAGUUUAGUGUGAUGAAAUUAGCAGCGGACGCCGGCACUUUCCUGAGUCGCGCAGUACAGUUUACAGAAGAAAAAUUUGGCCAGGCAGAGAAGACUGAACUUGAUGCUCACCUGGAAAAUCUUCUUGCCAAAGCCGAAUGCACAAAGGUUUGGACUGAAAAGAUCAUGAAGCAGACAGAGGUGCUGUUGCAACCAAAUCCAAAUGCCCGGAUAGAAGAAUUUGUGUACGAAAAACUUGACCGGAAAGCACCAAGCCGUUUGAAUUCUGAAGAGCAAUUGGCUCAGUAUAUGUCUGAUGCUGGUAAUGAGUUUGGCCCUGGAACAGCAUAUGGAAAUGCUCUCAUUAAAUGUGGAGAAACUCAAAAAAGAAUAGGAGUGGCUCACAGAGAACUUAUUCAGACCGCAGCUAUAAACUUCCUCACUCCAUUGAGAAAUUUUAUUGAAGGAGAUUAUAAAACAAUGACUAAAGAAAAGAAACUCUUGCAGAAUAAAAGGUUGGAUUUGGAUGCAGCAAAGACUCGACUGAAAAAAGCCAGAGUAACAGAAGCCAGAGCCGCACAACUAAAUGCAACCGAGCCUGAAGGAGACAACUUUAUGAUGUGGACUGAGGAAGUUACAAAAGCUGAACAGGAACUUCGAAUAACACAAAGCGAGUUUGACCGUCAGGCCGAGAUUACCCGACUUCUGCUUGAAGGAAUCAGCAGUACUCAUGCACACCAUCUUCGCUGUUUGAAUGACUUUGUGGAAGCCCAGAUGACCUAUUUUGCACAAUCGUAUCAGUACAUGCUGGAUCUCCAGAAGCAACUUGGCAGUUUUCCUUCAACGUUUGUGUCCAACAAUAAUCAGUCAACCCCUAUGCAAAGUGUUCCGGUACCUUCAGUCUCUGCCUCGGCUCAGGCACCUUCUGCAAAAAGUUCUUUGGUUACAUCUGGCUUCACUGAACUGAAAGCAUCGAAUGGCAGCAGGAAGGCCAGAGUUCUGUAUGAUUAUGAUGCUGCAAAUAGCAGUGAAUUGUCGCUUCUUGCAGAUGAGGUUAUAACUGUAUACAGCAUGCCUGGAAUGGAUUCCGACUGGCUGAUGGGUGAAAGAGGACAUCAAAAAGGCAAAGUGCCAAUUACAUACCUAGAGCUGCUAAACUGAUUGACUGAAAUUUCUAAAGUGCCGAAUACAGUUAAAAACGAGAAAUCCAUAUUUAUAUGCAAUUAACAUGAUAUAAAGCAGAUGUGUCUUCCAUGUAAAGUGCAAAUUUCAACCUUAUGCAAGUGGUCACUGCCUUUACUGCAAGUUUUCAUGCAAGGAGUCCACAGCUUCAUCACUUAUCAUUAGGAGCUUUUACUUUCUCUAUCAAGGAUGUGUUUUUAAAUAUUUUUGCUAUUUACCUAUGGUCAUGACUAACGAACUUGAGUGUUAAAGUGCACUUAGGAAUUAAUUCUUGUCUCAUGGUUCAUCCUGGGCUAAAAGGAGGGCACAAUUUUCUACUUUGUAUGGUUGGUGAUGAAUAUUUUAUCCAGUAGCUUUUCCUAUCAAAGAAUGUACUGGUUGGUGCCAAACAAUGUGGCUAUGAACAAUGUACCAUAUACAGAGGGCUUACAGUAUUGCCCAAAUGUAUGGCAGCCUGAAGUUAGAAAUGAUUCAGGCCUUCAAAUUUGUCAUAGAGCUCCCAUCCUUUUAUUCUCCUUAAAUUGUCAUUGUAUAGCUAAACUGCCAACAUACUCCUUCAUUCUUGCAGCAUUUAAAGAUAUUAGCACCAGUGAUGUGUAACUCGUACAGCAGACCCCACGACCACGGAGGGCUGUAAAGUGGUUACAGGGUUGGCUAUAUGGUUUAGUUACCAUUUGCUGUCUGCCAGAAGAGGGAAUAGGGGACCGUUUUUGUAACUAAAGACAUAUAUGUUUUUAUAGGGUGGCUGUUUAGGUGCAGUGGCACACCUGGCACUUUGGGAUUGGCCCCUGCAAUUUUAGUAGCCCAAACUUUCAAUUGAAUUGUCCUGUGGUGCAAAGACACACCCAAAAGCAUUGGAACAAGUGCAUUCAAACAGUAGAGGGAAAAACAGGACAAAUAAGGGUGUAUUAGUUCAUGUUUAUGGCUACUAAAGAAAAGCAGUAGGGGAAAUACCCAAAAUAACUGGGCCUAAGGUUUUGGCCAUUAUAUAUUGCACAUCCCAGCUCUUCGAUUGCUGUGCCGUUAUCUUCGACUCUAAGGAACAUAUUUAGAAAGGGUAUAAAAAAGCAGUGUACUCCAGGUAUCUCUAUUUUAUUGCCAAGGUACGCCCUGUAAAAUGACGCUUAGAUAUAAAGCUGUAUAAUGAUUUUUUUUCAUUAUUUAUAGCCCUUUGUUAUAUUCAAGUCUCAAUGUAAGUGUGAGCUAGAAAACAAGCCGUGUAAUUACAGUGCGCAACAUCCCCACUUGUUUUUAGUGACUUUUCACCCUAGAUUUUCUCUGGCACCUGAAAUUGUCCAUUAACUUUAAUGGAUUUCAACAGGUUUAAGAUUAUUGGUGUAAAAAAUGUAGACUACGUGCAUUCAGCUCUUUGUAAUGCACGAUUAUUUUAAUGCACUGCGUAUGUUACAGCGUAUUUUGGCAUAAAAUCAUUUAUAUGGCUUUACAAAUAUGUUCAUAAGAGAGCUGGUUGGCUCACUGAAGUGGUGGGUCAAGUAGGACUGUCAUUAACAAAUGUAAAGAAUUUUUAUUUUUCCCUGUUUUUUUUUUUUUUUUCAGAUUUGAAUAUGCACAUUAUGUUUUGGUUCAGCUAAAUCUUUUGUGGAGGAUUUGGUGCCACCCUACUUUCUUAUGCUAAUAUAGUUGAUUUUUUUUGUUGCCCCCCCCCAUAUACCCUGCUUCUCCACGAUUUUGGCAAAUAACUGAUAACUGCCAAACCUGUGAUAUUUCCAUUGACCUAGGUAGUGAUUAUUGCAGCAGUCAUAAAGCUCUAUGUGUGUCACUUGCCUUACCGGAAUCAUUAUGCUGUAGUGUAAACAAUGUGCUGUUGAAAGUAGUGGGCAAAUUAUCCACUAUACCGCAAUUAUAGCCACACAUAUAACCACCUACAUGCUGGGCCAAAUUGGACUGAUCCACCUAUGCAUGGGUCAUACAGCUGGCCUAUGGGAACCCUGUUGGGUGAGGGCUUCAUUGACGUGGUGACAGUGCUAGCUGACAAAGUUUCGAAAUUUGAGUUGGGCAGGCUUUCCCAGGGCCCCAUACAUGGGUCAAUAUGUUGCCAGCUUGUUCUAAAGGGGGAUGGGGGGAAGUUGGAAUAUAUGAGCCCAUGUAUGGGCAGUUUAUAUUAGUGUUGGUCCUGUGCAGGCCAUGGCUGUAAAAGUCUCUUUCUUUGUAGCCCUCUGGCUUCUUGUACAACAGCCCUCUGUAUUCUCCUCCAUCCCCACUGUCUUUUAAAGCUUUCAGGUUUAAAAUAUCUUUGCACAAGAUGACUGGAAUGUAAGGCAAGAAUGUGUUUUUGUAUAGUUAUAAAGUAUAUAGUCUAUUCAGGGCAUGGUCACCCAGCCGACACUCUUUUCUAUUGGUUUAUAAAUGUAUUUAACACUUCUAUAGGCUGAGCUGAAAUGUAGGGGUUCAAGAGUAUUAGAUCUGCAAGUAAUAUGAGACCAUGUAUACUCCGGACUGUAUAAUAAAAAGCCUGGCUU